CUUCAAAUGGCGGGAUUACGCAAAAAGAGACGUACCACUAAACAGGCCCUGCUCCGGCGGGCUGUCAUUAAGGCGGGUCGCAUUGCGGACGACACUAUAUAUAGGUCUGCGCUGUAUGAUGUGCCCCAAACUAGAUCCAGUCCCCAGGCCAAGGCCAUAACUGUUCUGCCUUCCUUUAACAAGGAUGCGCAGAUGGUGCAUAUCAUGCAGCGCAGCCUAUCUAACAACUCGGGCUCCAGCUGGGAGCCGAGGGGUGCGCAGCGAAUAUUAAGAAUCAAGCCCAACAGGACUGAGGCUAAGCUACAACACCUUUUACUCGAAACGCCCUUCAGGACGGUUGAGCAACGCAAGGAGGCGGGCAAUGUGGCAGUAAAGAAAUUAAGCCCCAAGAAACCCAAUACCAACGAUAACAGAUCAGGAGUUAGCUUGAAAGCGCUCGAGCCCUCGAAGGGCUCCAAGGGCUCACGAGCUAGCUCAUUGGGCUAUCCAUCCAGUUGGAAUUUGGACGUGCCCGGGGAGGACGAAAUCACUACAGUGAUUGCCAAUGAGCUCAGCCUAAGCGAUAUAGUCAAUUGCGAAGUACUCAAUCGUACUGUCUACGAUCACCGGCUGAACGCCCCGGUGACCCUACGUCGACCCACUAAAAUUGACAAUGCCGUGCAGUGUGUGCUGCCGCAUACGACAAAGACCGCGACACCGCGACGUAAGAAAGCGGCCGGGGUCCAGACCCAAACAACUACCAAGCGUCGAUUGUCAACCCCAAAGCCAAUACAAUUUAAGCUACCACGAUUGCAAAGGAUCAGGUCCAGAAUGUUUCCGAUUGGUAAUAGGCGCAGCAUUUCUCCGACGGGCAUUAUACGCAUGGACCGGCUGCUGGGGAUCACCCAUAGAGGAAUGCGGCCCCGUGUGCACAGUGGCAAAGCGGAUUUACAGUCGGAGAGCGUGUUCGGCAAUGUUGAUAAGAAUCCCAGAUCCAAGCGGCGAACAUCGCCAAGGUCGAGCUCGGGUGGCAAUGCUGAGGAGCAAGGAACGAGAAAGUUCCAAACUGGCAAGGAUCACAACUAUGGCGGUUACACACCAUCGGAUUGCAGCUGCGAAACCAAUAGCAAUGAAAGCCUUGUGAAACAAAAAAAAUUAACGGCAGCCCCUAAAGCAUCCACCGAGCAUUAUAGUCGCAUUGAGAAGAUAAGUCAACCGCCUCCCGUAAAGGAACGUAGAAACCAAAAAAAUGAAACCAGUUUUCUUGCGUGUGAGUGCGAGGACCAACCAGACAACCAAUUCAAGACCCGUCAAGCCGCUUGCCUCAAGGUAAAGUGCCCCAAUAAUAAUUGGGAUUCAAGAAUGACCAACGAACAAAGAAUGAAAGAAGCAGGAAGCAAGGCGGGCACGUCGGGCACAUCGGGCACAUCGGGCCAUGUGGGAAGUGCGCAUUAUUGUUACUGCAGUCAAAAGAAGUCCAGUGCUGGGCCUAAGAACGUGGUCUUCGAGAGUCAAGAGUCGACCGGAGACAAUAACGACACGGAGCAGACACAAAACAGUUCCAGUGACCAAAGGUUUGCCCAUCCGCAAUCGGACACGAAACUGACUGCUGUCGCUAGCGGCCCGUGUCAGUGUCCCAAAUGCUCCAAUGCAGUGACACAGACGCUAAAAAGUGACCGAACGAGAGGACACCAUGGACAAAAUGGGGCAAAAACCAGAGAGAAUUCUGAAAACAGUUCCGAGGAAUGCAUCUGCAAAUGUGCGGAGUGCACCAGAAAGGGCACAGCGACUUGCAACUCGAAGGGAACAAGCGCUGUCUGCAACUGCAAAUGUCCCGAUUGCGGCAAGGCAAAAUCCAAAAGUCGUCAACCAUCUAACGGAGCCACACAAAGCUCAAGAGAAGGGAAAACUUCAAGUUCAGAUCGAAGUGCAAAACAGAGCUCAAGGGAAUCGAGAGUUCCGAAACCUGCCCGAGAAACAAUGCACAGCUCCAGAGAGGCAAGGCCUUCAAGGCCUGAGAGGAGAUCGACGCAGAGCUCAAGAGAAGCAAGAGCCCAAAGUCCUGUCCCAGGAGAGAACCCUCAAAGUACUGUCGCCCGCUCAACGCGAGUUAAAUGCCAAUGCCCAAGAGCCAAAACUCUACGAGCGCUGCGUGAAUUCAACGAAUAUUGCAUCUGCGCAUGUUCCGGUUGCUCAAAUAGAGAACAACAACCUACCAUAGAUGCUGACAUGACUGCCAGAGAAAGGAUGCACGAUAGGUGCCCAUGUGAAUGUCAUGGCUGCAGAUUUGUUCGGAAGCCACGCAGUCCGAGGUCAAGCUCGUCAAGCCCUAGAAGUGACCAGGGUAGUCCAGCGAGAGACCCAAUUAGCGGUUCCGCUGCACGGCAGCGGACUACUGCACAGCCGAGAGCUGCUUCCAGGAGACACCCAGAUGAAUCCCGUGCUUCCAGGCCGAAUUACAAUGCCCAGCACACUUCCACAAAGGGCAUUGGCAAAAGGAAUCAUGACCAGAGGAAUGAAAGUCCGUCUAGUGACAACUCUUCCAAUGAAUCGAUCCACAAACCGUCUCGCAAUAACUCCAUUAAGGAAAGGACGCCAACUUCUUCCAUAAGCUCAAACCAGGACAGCAAAGCGAAGGCCAUCCCGAUUAACAAGAAGGUACAAUGCGACUGUAAGUGCCCCAACUGUGGCAUUAGCAUCAAUGACUUCUCCCGGGAUGAAAGAAACAAGACUACGGCGUAUAAACGAUCAGGUGAUGAAACUAGUGGCCAAAGCGAAACGGAGCAGAGUCCAAAUAAGUCGCUUAGUCAAACCCAGUCCAAGCAAGAUGAUGCGGCAAGGGUACCUAGGUCCAAGCAAGAUGAUGCGGCAAGGGUACCUAGGAACGAACAGGGUAUGGGAGCCAAUUUAUAUGGAAGGAAAAGGUAUGGAGCCAACAAGAAAGAGAGCAUGGAAGACACAGAAAAAAGAAAAUGCGAAGAGGAAUGCAAAAUCUGUGAAACCAUAUUGGCUAAGAAAAAAUGGAACGAAAUGGAAUUGAAAAACAAAAACGAUAUGGAGUCGAAAAACAAAUACGAUAUGGAAUCUAAAAACAAAUACGAUAUGGAAUGUGAAAACAAAUGCGACAUGGAAGCGAUUAGCAAAUACGAUAAGGAAUCGAAAAACAAAUACGAUAUGGGAUCUAAAAGCAAAUACGAUACGGGAUCUAAAAGUAAAUACGAUAUGGAAGCGAAAAGCAAAUACGAUACGGGAUCUAAAAGCAAAUACGAUAUGGAUCGGGAACAUAAAGACGAUAUGGAAGCGAAGACCAGGAACGAUGUGAAUUCGCUUCGGAGGCCACAUUGCAAUUUGGAGACGUGCAAUAGAAAGUGUAACAAGUGUAAAAUAAUCCCGGCAAAAACGAAAAUGGGCGAUGCCAUGGUUAACCUUGUUGUGGACGAUAAAUGCAAUGUGAAUCAAAUUAUUCAAAUCUUGCAGGAGACAGUUUCACAGCUGGAGGGACAAAAGAAAUUGCUCAGUCAAUCCGUGGUGAAUGCGGUUGUUACCCAAAAUGCCAAUAUUAACAAUGUUCAGAAGAAUUAUGCAAAUGGCACUUGGACCUCCUUGAAUCCCAACUAUAUGCCAGAAGCUUAUUCCGCGUCAAAUGGGUCACAACAGAAGCCAUAUAGGUGCGUCCAGCGCCAGAACUGUCCAUGCUAUAUGUCGGACUCUCAGGAUCAGGAGCAACAAUAUAAACAGACGGCCUAUGACACAUAUCCAGAAUACAAUCCAUUCCAACAGCGAAAUGGUCAGGUGGAAGGCGGUCCCCAAGCGUUGCGUAGAAACGGAAAUCAUAUUGUUUACGUUGACCAAUCCAGCCUUGAGUAUCAGCCAACAGAGGAGUAUUGUUACUGUUCGCCUGAUCAAGAUCAUGAUACGUUUAUGGCUAUGGAUCCAAAUGCUCGCAAUCCAAAUAGUCUUCGCAGUCGCAGCGGCAGCGCAUAUCCCUUGAAGAAUAACGCCAAAACGCGUGAAAUUCUGCAAAACAUCAAGCCUACGAAAUCGUUUAUAGAUAUGUUUCAUAUGGCCAUGGCUUUAAAAGGAAACAAAAGCUUCUUCCACAAUCCUAAUCCACAUGCUUCCUUCUACAGUCAAAUGUCCAAAGACUAUCCACAGUAUGCGAGCAACAUCUUAAUUGCUGCUAAAAGGGAGCAAGCACCUGGCAAGCAGCUCGGUAGAGAUCCGCGAUUUUAUGCACACAAUGCAACAUCUAUGGAACAUAUCAGGAAACACUCUCCAGAACAAACAAGUCCGAAAUAUCCUACGAGCAAAAUUCCAAAGCAAACUCUUAAAUUUUCUUCCCAUAUAGGAAUAAGCGACAGAAGAAAUAGUCCGCUACGACUGCAGGAACAAUCGGAGCAGGAACAGAGACACCGAAGACAGGAAAGAGAUGAGUUUCAUUUUUUUCGAAAAGAUAACAACGACAUUUUAGAACAACAUAAUCGAGAAGAUCUAGCCCGACUACAACCAAUUUUGUGCGCUGAAAUCCAUGAUAAAUCUAAAAAUCCAUAUUUUAGCCGAGGACAACAAGCUCAGCGAGAUUUAUGCCGAAAACACUCUGAUUCGGAAUACACUGAAGUACCUGAUAAAAGUCCGUGUGAAGCACAAGUCCCAAAGCUAAUAAAAGAUAACCCAUUUCUUCAGAAAAUGGAAAAUUGUUGUAUUGAGCCGCCGUGUGAAUUCCGAAAACGUCAACAUCAAGAUUUAUAUUCUUCUCGUUUGCAUUUCUGUCGAAAACAUCCCAAAACUUCCAAGGUGUCAAUCCACAGAAAAAGAUGUUUCGACAAAGAGUUUAAAUAUUGCAGUGAAUUUUGUUGCAUGGAAAAACCCAACAGACGCGAUCUACACAAAAUGCAUCCGGCCGUGUCUGUCUACGGGCAUUCGAAAUCGCAAAGUAGCUUCGCUCUUGGUGGAUGUAGGCAUAGAAAAAAACUAGGAUCUAUGCACAGCCGGAAGAUAAGUUUUCCAAAAUUGGAAGCUUUCGCAUCCAAACACAUUGAGUCCAAGCGCUCGCAAACAUCCGUUGUCGAUGCCUUCCGUAAAAAAUUACAGGAUUUAAAAGAAAAUGCUCUGCAAGAGAAGAACUCAAAUAUUUGCUGCAAUUGCGAAAAUGCUCUACAAAAAUAUGAACCAACAUAUAAAGUGGAUCUAUUCGGAAACAGUUUAGAUCAAUCGAAAUCGAUACCGUCUAAAUUAAGAUUCGGCUUAUAUGAUUGCAAAUGUCCCGAAACGCUAAAUAUAGAGCUCCCGACCGAGUUAGGAGCAAAGAAAUCGGAAUCAAAGAGCGAUCAGUCAUUUUCACAAAAACCAAAUGGCGAGAGGAAAGUCAAAGAAGGACCAGAUCUUUCGGAAUCGAAGAAAUCGGAAAAGAAAGGCAUUCUAUAUGCGAAGAGAAGACAAACUGGGGAAAAGAGAGAAACUGAAGAAUCAGAACAUUUAGAAACAAGAAACAGCCUGUUUCCGAUCAGAAAACGGGCAGGUGAAAAGGCAGAAACCGAAUUUUCAGAUCAUUUGGCAUCAAAGAGAUCCAGAUCAAGAACCAGCUUAUUACCGACCAGAAGACGGGCGGGGGAAAGGAGAGAAAGCGAAAAAUCAUUUCUUUUAGCAUCGAAGACUCAGUCAAGAGACACCCUACUUCUGGCCAGAAGGUGGGCAGGUGAAAAGGGAGGAAGAGAAGAGUCAGAUCAUUUUGAAAGAAAUCAAUCUCGAAUCUCUAUUGGUAAACGGCGAAUAAGUGAAAAGAGAGCGAAAGAGAUUUCGUACAUUGAGGAGAGCAAAAACUCCAAUUCAAUAUCGUUCGGUGUAUAUUCUUACCUAGACAAAACAAAAAGGGGAAGAAAAGUACCUGUGGAAAUUCCAGAAAUAAAUCUUGCCAAUCAUGCUGAGCUAGAGUCCACACAAAGCCCGAAAUUGCAAGGUCUGCUCGCCCUCGGGAAUAGAACAAAAAAGGACAGGAAGCCUGUACCGAUACCCCCUGAAAAGCCAGUGAAAAAAGUUGUAUCCAUAUCAAGUGGAAUUUCUAGUUUCAAGCGUCGCAAGUCGCGUCGCAAUUCUCAAAAAGAACAAAGCGAUUGCGAUGAUGUUAAGGUCCUCUACGAUUCAAGCUAUAAAUUUUCCAAGCACAGUUACGGAGACGCUGAUUCAAACGAUGACUGCGAAACAGAAUUAAAGAGACAUGCCUUGUUCAAAUCGCAGCCAAGCUCAAGUCAAAAUAAUUUCUUCUGCAUGUUGAAAGCUCGGGAUAAAUAUAUGGGAUGCCACGAAUAUUCAAAUUAAUUGGCAAACUGCGCAUUAAAGCAGCAUCAAAAUUUUAGGAAUACGUUAUUUCAGUAAAUAAAAAACAAGGUGACAACAAACAA